GUGUCACAGGUGUAGCAGUCAGACGCAGUGAGUGUGCCGUCUGUGACUUCCUGUCUUUGCCCCUACUGUAAUUAAGCGAGUGUGUAAUAGACCGUGGCCAGGCAUGAUCACAUAUCACUGCAUAUCAGCCACACACCUGAGCGUGCAGAGAGCUGAGCAGCCUGGACGAACACUGGUGUGCUUUCCCUCCAUGCCUUGAGGUUUCAAUGCUUUGAAUAUAGGAUGGAGACUGAGAGUGAGAGUAGCACUUCAGGAGAUGACAGUGUCUUUUGGUUGGAUGCUGAAGGAUCAGUCCAGGUGACCGACAGUGAAGAUGGAGAAAAUUUCAGGAAGAUGAAGUCUUCAGUACAUUCUGAAGAAGAUGACUUUGUCCCUGAACUACAUAAAAACGUGCACCCUCGAGAGCGGCCUGACUGGGAAGAAACACUAAGUGCAAUGGCAAGAGGAGCAGACGUUCCAGAGAUUCCUGGAGACCUUACUCUGAAGGCAUGUAGCAGUACAGCCAGUAUGAAGGUUAAACAUGUGAAAAAACCCACCAAUCCAGGACUGAUGGGCUGUGAGAACAUUCACAGGUUACCCUUCACUAAAGGUCACUUUCCGAAGAUGGCUGAAUGUGCACAUUUCCAUUACGAGAAUGUUGAGUUCGGCAGCAUUCAGCUCGCACUUUCAGAAGAGCAGAAUGAAGUAAUGAAAAACGGCUGUGAAUCUAAAGAAUUGGUCUACCUCGUGCACAUUGCUUGUCAGGGCAAAAGUUGGAUUGUUAAGAGAAGUUACGAAGACUUCCGGGUACUUGAUAAACACCUUCACCUUUGUAUUUAUGACCGACGAUUUUCCCAGCUCUCAGAGCUUCCCCGUUCGGAUGCCCUGAAGGACAGUCCAGAAUCGGUCACUCAGAUGCUCAUGGCUUACCUGUCCCGCCUUUCAGCUAUUGCUGGCAACAAGAUCAACUGUGGACCUGCCCUCACUUGGAUGGAGAUUGAUAAUAAGGGGAAUCAUCUUUUAGUGCACGAGGAGUCCUCCAUUAAUACACCUGCUGUUGGUGCUGCUCAUGUCAUCAAGAGGUAUACUGCUCGUGCCCCUGAUGAGCUGACUUUAGAGGUGGGAGACAUUGUUUCAGUUAUUGACAUGCCCCCCAAAGUAUUAAGCACAUGGUGGAGAGGCAAGCAUGGAUUUCAGGUGGGACUCUUCCCAGGACACUGUGUUGAAUUAAUUAACCAGAAAGUUCCCCAGUCAGUGACCAACUCAGUGCCAAAACCAGUGUCUAAAAAGCACGGCAAACUUAUUACUUUCUUACGCACAUUCAUGAAGUCUCGACCGACGAAACAGAAGUUGAAGCAGCGGGGAAUCUUGAAAGAGAGGGUGUUUGGUUGUGACCUAGGGGAGCACCUUCUGAAUUCUGGGUUUGAAGUACCCCAGGUUCUUCAAAGCUGUACGGCAUUCAUCGAAAGGUAUGGCAUCGUGGAUGGAAUAUAUCGUCUCUCUGGCGUUGCCUCCAAUAUCCAGAGACUACGCCAUGAAUUUGACUCUGAACAUGUUCCCGACCUGACAAAAGAACCAUAUGUUCAAGACAUCCAUUCUGUGGGGUCCCUCUGUAAGCUGUACUUCCGAGAACUUCCAAACCCUCUGCUCACAUACCAGCUGUAUGAGAAGUUUUCUGAUGCCGUUUCAGCAGCAACAGAUGAAGAAAGGCUGAUAAAAAUUCAUGAUGUCAUUCAGCAACUACCCCCUCCACACUAUAGAACACUGGAAUUCCUAAUGAGACACUUGUCUCUUCUAGCUGACUAUUGUUCCAUCACAAAUAUGCAUGCAAAAAACCUAGCAAUUGUUUGGGCUCCAAACCUGCUGAGAUCAAAGCAGAUAGAGUCUGCCUGCUUCAGUGGAACAGCUGCUUUCAUGGAAGUGAGAAUUCAGUCUGUGGUUGUGGAGUUCAUCCUCAAUCAUGUAGACGUGCUUUUCAGCGGGAAAAUCAGUGCGGUCAUUCAGGAAGGAGCAGCUUCUCUAGCAAGACCCAAGUCCCUGCUGGUCUCGUCCCCAUCUACCAAGCUGCUGACAUUAGAGGAGGCCCAGGCACGAACACAAGCUCAGGUCAAUUCUCCAAUCGUGACUGAAAAUAAGUAUAUUGAAGUAGGAGAAGGGCCUGCUGCGCUUCAGGGAAAAUUCCACACCAUAAUUGAGUUCCCACUUGAAAGGAGGAGGCCUCAAAAUAAAAUGAAGAAAUCUCCUGUGGGCAGUUGGCGUUCCUUUUUCAACUUGGGAAAAUCCUCAUCAGUUUCUAAACGAAAAUUGCAGCGCAAUGAGAGCGAACCUUCAGAGAUGAAAGCAAUGGCACUGAAGGGUGGCAGGGCAGAAGGAACCCUUCGCUCAGCUAAAAGUGAAGAAUCUCUUACUUCUCUCCAUGCAGUUGAUGGUGACUCCAAGCUGUUCCGACCCAGAAGACCCAGAUCUAGCAGUGAUGCACUGAGUGCCUCUUUUAAUGGAGACAUGCUGGGGAACCGUUGUAACUCCUAUGAUAAUCUGCCCCAUGACAAUGAAAGUGAGGAGGAAGUGGGGCUACUCCAUAUUCCAGCUCUGAUGUCUCCUCAUUCAGCAGAGGAUGUGGAUUUGAGCCCACCAGAUAUUGGAGUAGCCAGCCUGGAUUUUGAUCCGAUGUCAUUUCAGUGUAGUCCUCCUAAGGCUGAAUCCGAAUGUCUGGAGGGCGGUGCUUCCUUUUUAGAUUCACUAGGAUACUCCAAGGAUAAACCAAGCACCAGUAAAAAGGAUGCAGACGCAGGUGGUAGCCAGUCUCAGACUCCUGGAAGCACUGCAAGUUCUGAGCCUGCCUCUCCUCUUCAGGAGAAACUGAGUCCAUUCUUUACCCUGGACUUAAGCCCAACCGAAGAGAAGUUAUCUAAGCCAUCCUCAUUCACUGAAAAGGUUGUCUAUGCUUUCUCUCCAAAGAUUGGACGGAAAUUAAGUAAAUCACCUUCUAUGAACAUAUCUGAGCCCAUUUCCGUGACACUUCCCACUCGGGUGUCAGAAGUCAUUGGUACAACCUCAAAUGUAACAGUUCCAAAUCUGUCUUCUCCAGAAUGCAUCUGGACUAAAACUAUUGAAGACAGUGAUGUCACAAAUAGAUCCCCCACCCAGGUAGUGAAGAUGAAAGUAAAUGAGAGCGAAGCCCAAGAAGAAUGUGAGUCUGGAGUUCAGACCCUGGACCAGGUAGCUGCUGUAGAAGUAGAGUCGCCAGGGAAGGAGGAGCAGGCCGGCUCAUGCAGUCAGAGUAAGGCUGUACCUUCUGGACAGACUCAGACAGGAGCAGUUACCCAUGACCCCCCUCAGGAUUCCGUUCCUGUCAGUUCAGUCUCUAUUAUCCCACCACCACCGCCUCCGAAAAAUGUGGCCCGCCUGUUGGCCUUAGCGUUAGCUGAGUCUGCGCAGCAAGCCUCUACUCAGACAUUGAAGAGACCAGGGACUUCUCAGGCUGCUUAUCCAAAUAAUGGAAAUGUAGCAGUGAUCGCUACUGAAGAUAAACUACCUAGUUCCUACCCUAGUGUUACUUUAGAUAAAGCCUAUUUCCAAACUGAUAGGCCAGCAGAGCAGUUCCAUCUCCAUAAUAAUGCAUCUGGGAUCUGUGACCAGCCUGUACCAGACACAGCAGCUAUUGGGGGCCAAUCCCACCCCGAAACAGCAGAAUCUGGGGACCAACUCCACCAGGCAGACUUACCAGGAAAUCAACCACAUAGAACCUUUUUAUCUGGGGAUCCAGAGAAGAACGGAAUCACUUCAGUUCCAUUACCAGACUCUAAGUCUGAUGAUCACAUAAGUUUCCCUGAAGAAAAACCUGGGAAGACCAAUAUGCCAACUGUCUCCUUUGCAGAUCAGGAACCGUCUCAACUUCAUUUCUACAGUGAUGAGGACUUUCCUUACCUUGGUGCAAGUGCAGAUAAGUCCCCUUAUCCUUCAGAGUUCACAGACAAACAUGUCACACCCUCUACUCUGCCCAGGGACAAAACCUACCCACCUUCUGGGUCCCAUGAAGAGAAUACCAGCACAGCUGCCAUGGCUUACAUGACAACUGCUCCAGCAGCAGCUGAAAUCAGCACCAGGGAAGUUAACUGGGAUGUGGCUGAACAACCCACCACAGCUGACUUUGCUGCUACCGCCACUCUGCAGCGUCCUCACAGAACUAAUCGUCCCCUGCCCCCUCCACCCUCCCAGAGAUCAACAGAGCAGCUACCGACCAUAUCGAGUGCUGUGGGAUUAAACAAUUCUCACAAGGUUCAAGCAGUAGUUACAGUUCCGGAGAGGCCACCUGAACCCAGAGCCAUGGAUGACCCUGCGCUUGUGUUUCUCACUGAUGGCAGUGCAGCUUCUCAGUGUCCCGCCUCUGCUCCUGCUGUCCAGCCAGACCUUCCUGAGAAGGUGCGGGAAGGCUCCAGGGCCCCGCCACUGCACCUGCGUGCUGAGUCUGUCCCUUUGUACUCCUCCUGUGGCUUCACUGCUCCCGUCCCCUCCACCAGGACAAUGGAGAGUAAAAUCGCUGCCGCCAUACACUCCAACAGUGCAGACGCUGCCAGCGCUUCCAGUUAUCACCCCUUUAUCGCUGCUUCCUCAGCCUCUGUGGAUGAUGUUUUGCCUUUACCUCUUCCUAUCCCGCAACCUAAGCAUGCUUCUCAGAAGCCUGCCUAUUCCACCUUUGCUAGACCUGAUUUCACCACCGAGCCAUUUGGUCCAGAAAACUGUUUGCAUUUCAGUAUGACUCCCAACUGUCAGUUCCGCCCCCAGAGUGUUCCUCCACAUCACAAUAAAUUGGAGCAGCAUCAGGCAUAUGGUUCCAGGUCUGAGCCACCAGCCUCCAUGGGUCCUCGUUUUAAUACGUACGUGGCCCCAGGACGAACUGUAUCUGGACACCACACCAAGCCAUGCAACCGGGUUGAAUAUGUAUCUUCUUUGAGCUCCUCUAUUAGGAGUACUUGUUACCCUGAAGAUAUUCCACCAUACCCUACAAUCCGCAGGGUACAGUCUCUCCAUGCCCCUCCAUCUACCAUGAUCCGCUCUGUUCCCAUUUCACGGACAGAAGUUCCCCCAGAUGAUGAACCAGCCUACUGCCCAAGACCCCUGUACCAGUACAAGCCAUAUCAGUCUUCCCAGGCCCGUUCUGAUUAUCACGUAACCCAGCUUCAGCCUUUCUUUGAGAAUGGUCGGGUCCACUACCGGUACAGCCCAUAUUCCAGUUCUUCUAGUUCAUAUUACAGUCCAGAGGGAACCCUGUAUGACGUGGACACCUACGGCACAGUGCAGCUGAGGCCCCUUCACCGCCUACCCAACCGUGAUUUUGCUUUCUACAAUCCUAGGCUGCAAGGAAAGAACUUGUGCAAUUAUGUUGGUUUGCCUCCACGUCCCCGGGCAAACAUGACUGGGUAUUUCUCUGGUAAUGACCAUAACAUAGUCAACAUGCCUCCAGCCGCAGAUGUAAAGCACACUUACACCUCAUGGGAUCUUGAAGACAUGGAAAAAUACCGCAUGCAAUCCAUCCGGAGAGAGAGCCGUGCUCGGCAGAAGGUAAAAGGGCCUGUUAUGUCCCAGUAUGAUAACAUGACCCCAGCUGUGCAAGAUGACCUGGGUGGGAUCUACGUCAUCCACCUACGUAGUAAAUCAGAUCCUGGGAAAACUGGACUUCUCUCAGUGGCAGAGGGGAAGGAGGGGCGGCACCCAGUCAAAGCCGUCAGCCCUGAGGGAGAUGACCGCUUCUAUAGGAAGCCUCCAGAGCCCGAGUUCGACAGAACCCACCACCACGGAGGAUAUGGCAAUGGACAGUCUGAGAAGCCGUCCCUCCCUCAGAAGCAAAGCAGCCUCAGGAACAGGAAGCUUCAUGAUAUGGGCUGCAGCCUCCCUGAGCACAGAGCACAUCAGGAAGCAAGCCAUAGGCAGUUAUGCGAAUCGAAAAAUGGGCCACCUUACCCCCAGGGAGCUGGCCAGCUAGAUUAUGGGUCCAAAGGGAUCCCAGACACUUCUGAGCCAGUCAGCUACCACAACUCUGGAGGGAAAUAUGUCACAUCAGGGCAGGAAACUUUAAGACUGAACCACAAAGAGGUAAGGCUCUCCAAAGAGCUGGAGAGGCCUCGGGCCAGGCAGCCCCCAGCCCCAGAGAAACACUCCAGAGACUGCUACAAGGAGGAGGAGCACCUCGCUCAGUCAGUCCCACCCCCGAAACCAGAGAGGAGUCAUAGCCUGAAACUCCACCAUACCCAGACCGUGGAGAGGGACCCCAGCAUGCUAUACCAAUACCAGACACACGGCAAGCGCCAGAGCAGUGUGGCUGUCGUGUCCCAGUAUGACAACCUGGAGGGCUACCACUCCCCGCCCCAGCACCAGCACCAGCGAGCAGGCUUUGGAGGAGGAGCAGUGGGGACAUACAUGCCCUCUGGCUUCCCCCACCCGCAGAACAGGACAUACGCUACAGCUUUGGGUCAGGGGGCCUUCCUGCCUACAGAGCUGGCCUUGCAGCACCCUGAAACACAGAUCCAUGCAGAAUGAGCCCCGGGAGCAAUAGAGUUGAAGCAGCCUCUGCUGGACAGUGGACUGUUCUAUUUUUUUUCAGUAACCAAAAAGAUUAAAAAAUAAUAAGAAGAAAGAAAAGCUACAAGCCCCACCCCCCGACCACAUUUUAAAUAGAAAAAUAAACCACCCAUCUCACCACCCCACCCCCCGCCCACUUCCCUGUUUCAUUACUGCCUCUCCAUAUAUAGACUGUCAUUUUUGUCAUUUAAGGAGAUCUGAAUGAUUGUAAAGCAUUGUGUGGAAAACCUAGUGAAAUUUGUCACAGAACCAUGCUUGCCAUACAGAGCCGGAGGACUGCCUUUAGCUGAAUUUGAACUUAAUAUACGGCCCUUCUUAGUAUUUGCUAUCCAGUUCAGAGCAGCUUAUUUCUGUUUCCUAGUAGGUCUUUGUAUUUUUCUGUCGCAUCCUCACUUCCUCAGAAGCCAUGUAGCCUGCUUGACUGAGGUAUAGUUUUCUCACUUCAGGGUCUUGUGUGUUCCAUUAGAACACGGAAAACUUCCAAUAAGUCUGUCAGACAGCUAGGACAUUGCAACUAAAACUCAUAGAGGGACUUUAAGCAUUUAACAGAGUCAUCAUAAAAUGGCAGACCACCUAAGCCUAGACUGAACCAGAGCAUUCCCAUUUAUCACUCUCAUUUCUUGGAGCUCACUGAGCCAGACUCCUGCCCCGGCCUUGCUAGUGCCAGAAAACAGUGUCAGUGCUUCUGAUGUGUGGCCUGCCUUUCAUUAUUAUUUUUUUUCUUCAGUCUUAUUUGGCCAGUCACAAUCCUAGUAUAACACAUCACACCAUUUUUCUCCUAAAGCAACUUCUUUUCAUUAAAAAAUAAGCUUAGUUGUGACUGAAUUUUUAUCUUUUAUCUUGAUUCCAAAUGUACAUGCCAAUUUUAGAUUCCCUGGGCACUCUUAAAAAGAGCCACACAUUAUCUGUGAGUCAGCUGGAAGCUCCUGCGAUGGCCACUUAGUAUCUAGCCGUUUUGUGCAUUGGCAUCAUAGGCAGUUUUGUGUUCUUGAGAAUCGCUCCACACUUGUGCAGUCAAAGUCUUUCUAAUUGCCAUCGACACCAGCAUUUCACAUAGUCCUUACAACUCCGUAGACAUGUUAAACAUGCUAAAUACCCAGACCUCUCUUGGGUAUUCUUGCAUUUUUGACGGGAGUAGGCAAAGACACCUCUUGAGUGCAAGUCUGUCCUGUUUUCUCAGCUCCACCCACCACAUACAUUCACAGCAGGCUGGCAAGGCACUUCCUGUACUUAACACAACCCGUGUAGACUGUCAUUUCAUUCCAUACUUCUGAGUAAUGCUUGAGUUGUAUACAUUCACAUGUUUUAGUAACUCAGUUUGGAGUAGACACUAGGAGAAUUUCAUUCCAUGUACUGAAUGAUUGCUGCUCUGCCCUUUCAAAACUUGCUAGUUUUUAUUUUAGAGUAAGAGUAAAGGAAGAAAUCUUUAUGAGACUAAAUUCAUUGCUGCUACUAUCGCUGUGAAAUUGUAUAAAGAUUAGAAUUUAUGCCAGUUACCUUUUUUUAAUUAAAAAAAAAAUCCUGUAAUUUUUAUUUAGAAAAAGAAAUAAAAGUCUCCAGAACAACACAUUUACUUUUAUGUGGAGAAACUCUAAAAAGUAAUCUUUUGUUCCCCCCAGAAUUCAUCAGAGGGAUUUACCAAGUCAUGGUAGAAAACCCCAAAAGCAGAUAUGUGAAAAGGUCUGCAAAAAAUUUAGCCGUCUACAUUAAAAAAAAAAAAAUGCAACCCCUACUGGCAUACUUUCACCAGGAAAGGCACUUUGAUGGCAUCCUUCCACUUAGCACGCAAGCACUUGGAGUGCUCUACAUAUGGGAGUUUGCUCUUUAGUGAAUACACAACACUUCAAAAAAAAAAAAAAACUUUAGCCAUCUUUUUGUCAAGUGAACACCCCAUUGCCCUAUGGAGAUCGCACAAGCCCUAUAAAUUCUCACCAGCAGCGUGGAGAUUAGAGAGAGGAACUAGUUUUACGAUAAAGAGAUAGCAGGGGCUCUAGUGGCAGAGCCCCGAGGGAGGCGGCUGAAAAAGUCCCGUCCAUUUUAGUACUUGUGGGUUUGCUGUCACAGCCGUUGUUUUUACUCUUGAAACUAAAGUCUGUUGUAAGAAAUUACUGAGGUUAAAUACUCAAAGUCAUUAUGUCCUUCAUGUCCACUGGGGGUUAGAAUGACCAGGUAAAUAUUUUGAAUAGACUAAUGACUCAGAUUACUGGUGUGGUACCCAAGCUGUAGGUCAAAUCUAAAGUUAUUUCACAGAAUGUAUGUAGAUCCAGCCUUAACUUUGGAUUCAGUUAUUUGGGCGACUUUGCCUGUAUCUUCCCCUUUCUAAUCUUGUAGGGUAGAAAUCGGAUGGCACAUCACUGUGAGCCCAGGUUUACCUCAGCAUAGUUCACCCUGUGUGCGAUUUCACAACUAGAAUAAUAUGUUAGUCCUUUACAACUUUACACAGAGCAGUAAGGUCAAGGACAUGGAGCUAGCUGCCUUAUACAUCAAAUCCACAAUUUACUUUCACCGCUAUUUUCAUUAGCCACUUUCCAGACUGUAUCUUUUUGACAAAAACCUGAUGCCACAGCUGGGUUUGAUAGAGCUAAAUAUUCCCUGGAGGUCUGGCCCAGAGGGUUUGCGAACAGCCGCAGAGGUGCCGUUUCCCUUCAUGAUCAAAUUCAUCUAAGCCUUACUGCUUACUCUGUUGAGUUUCCUUGUCAACAUACAAGUCCCUGGGAUGAUCCCAGGGAUAGAUAGGGCCUGCACAUUUUUUUAAAUAUAUAAAUAAAUAAAUAUAUAUAUAUAUAUAUAUAUAUAUAUAUAUAAUGGCAAAAGCUUUUUUUUUUUUUUUAAUUUAAGGUCAGGUUGAAAAAUUCUAGGACUCAUUCUGUAAAGCAGAGGGACCAUUAAUGAUGGUGGAGCUAGAAAGUAGGUUUGCCACUCAUUGAAGCAGCAUCAAAUGCAUACCAUGUAAAUUGGAGAAAAAAAAUCUUCUCACCUUUAGUUGAAAACGGAGUCUGCAGAGUCCAUAUAUCUGUUCCCAACCCUGUCAGCCACACCCAUCCAAUAGGUUGCAGAGUAUUGUUUGAGCAGCGUGUGUAAGGAAAUUAUGAAAGAGCGUAUCAGAAAGUUAUUUUCAAAUGGUUAGAGGCAUGUGAUUUUCAAGACUGUGUGUGACGGAAUGGCCAGGAAUGGUAUAACUGCGAGGUAACGUCAGCGUCCACAGAGGGUCUUUAUUCCUUUUCUGAUUAGUACCUGUUAGUUUCAAAGAGUAAAAAUGGUUGUUUUACAGUUUAGAUUCCAAGGUAGCCAAAACCUGAUUUUUUUCAACCAUGACCUGCAUGAGAGAAGCAUCUUAGGAAGUCUUAGAUCAUACCUUUAAGUUCUUAACUUUAAUUUAUAUAGUGUUUUUUAUGUCUUAAUAUUUUUGUGAACUGGUGUAAAUUGUUAAUGCAUAUAAGCUUGUGUAUUUUUGUAAAUAGUUUUGUGAUUUAUUUCCUGACCCAUGUGUAAAUAUUUAGAGUCUCAUUUCUUCAAGACUUAUUUGAAACUGAAUUGUGGGUUUGGGGUUUUGUUUGUUUCUCUCUUUGUUUUGGUUGGGGGUGGGAGGGAGAGAAGGGAUUUUUGUACUCAGAUAAUCCAGAUGGCGAUAUCUUGUGGUUUAAAAAGCAAAUGUCCCAUGGAAAGCAAUUCAAAUAUCAGCAAAAUUAUUUCAGAUUCAAACGGA